AUGUCCCGUGCGGCAUCGCCUACUCCUUCAACGUCAUCCGAAGCCUCUUUAUCCGAGGAAAGCCAAAAGAAAAUACUUGAAGAGAUCUUAGAAAAGGCCGUUAAAGCAUGCACCGUGAAUACUGCCACAGACGAGGCCAAUGAAGAGGAUGUCUUGACGUUAACAGGCGACGAUGACCUUCCCCCACUUCCUAAACUGGACCCAGGACUAUCUGGAAAAGCCAUCUACUUUGACUGCAAAGCCGUUUCUGACUCCAAAACAUUUGAACUUGAGGACGACUCGGCAGCGCAAGUGAAACAAAAGUCACAGUAUAAAGGAAAGGAAAGGCAAAAAGGGGAUGGUUUAUCUGACGAAGAAGGCACAGAGAAGAAGUUAACUAAACGAGAACGUAAAGAGCUAAAGUUUUCAACUACGGGUCCCCAGUGGUUUGAUCUUCCAGCCCCAAGCGAUGCAGAUAGACCUCGUCUAGCUCGGGAGCUUGAAGCGCUACGACUGAGAAAUGCGCUAGACCCGAAACGAUUUUAUAGGAAGGAUGCCGAAGGAAGUAAGCGUGAAAUGCCAAAAUACUUUGCGAUUGGAAAAGUUGUCGACGCAGCAACUCCGUUCCGGGACGCCGAUCAUUCUCAAAACCUGACACGUGCAGAAAGAAAGCGAACAAUUGUAGAGGAGCUCGUAGAGGAUGCCGAGGCCAGGAGGCAAGUAUGCAAAAAAGAAGUUUGGAGACCUACAGUCAGUACGAGGCGAACGUGGCCGGGGUACGCUGGCUCGCAAAUUCGCGAAAAGAAAGCCAAAAUGGUGAAAAUCACGCUCCGUUAA